AUGAAUGACAAAGCAUUAUCUAUGAUCAAAGUAAAUGUGGUUGUUGUUGGAGAUGCAGGGGUAGGAAAAUCGUCACUGGUUCUCAGAUUUACAAAAAAUGAUUUCCCUGGCUAUAGUAGUUAUAUGCUUGGAUUAUUUCCGAGCAGACGAAUUUUAGGUUGUAAAGAAAAAUCUGUUGCGUUUACCAUUUCGGAAAUUGCUGGAUCAGAAAGUUUCCAAAGUUUGUUUUAUCGAGAUGCAGGAAUCGCAUUGAUUUUAUAUGAUAUUUGUAGCCAUCAAUCCUUUGAGAACGUAGAGAAGUGGCUGUCACAGAUACAACAGUACGGACCUCAGGACUUGAAAUGUGCAUUGAUUGGAAACAAAGUUGAUUUAGACGGCAACGAGAGACAUCCAAGGGAGGUUGAAACCCAAGAAGGACAACUAUUUGCAGGAGCCCACGGCUGGUAUUUUGCAGAGACAUCUGCUCGAUCAGGGGAAGGAAUAGACAAAGUAUUUCAGGAUAUGGGUAGUGCAUUGGUCGAAAGCUAUAAGAAAGAGAAAGAAUCACCUACUGUGUCUUUGUGUGAUUCUUACGUUUAUCGGCUGAAAAAGACAUGCUGCUGAUUCAACUUCAAAUGAAAUAUUAUUUACAAUCUAUAUUAUUUGUUGGUUUAACAUUUCUAUUUUUUAGAUAAACACAACUUAC